CCUGGGGCGGCGCCGUUCGCCGCUGCCUCCUUCGCCUCCCGCGGCGCCGCCGGAGGGUUCCGGCCUCGGCCUCGGGAGCGCGGCCAGGCCCCCCGAGGCCCGGUGGCCGCGCUGUCGGUCGGCGCUCGCCUCGGCCCCUGGCGUUCCUCAGAGCACUGCAAAAUGUCAGGUCUGCUCGAGAGCGUGAGGUGCUCGGAGUGCGUUGACUGGGGAGAAAAGCGGAACACGAUCGCUUCGGUGGCUGCGGGAGUGCUGGUACGUGCUGCGCUGCCUCUCCUGUGUCGUUCUGCCAGCGAGCUGAAAUUCUUUACUGGUUGGUGGAUAAUCAUAGAUGCAGCUGUGAAGUACCCUAAAAUGGAAGACUUCAACCAUUCUUACCAUGCUUGUGGGGUUAUAGCCACAAUCGCUUUCCUAAUGAUCAAUGCAGUGUCUAACGGACAAGUUCGGGGUGACAGUUACAGUGAAGGUUGUCUAGGACAAACAGGUGCUCGGAUUUGGCUGUUCAUUGGUUUUAUGAUGGCUUUUGGAUCUCUGAUUGCCUCUAUGUGGAUCCUUUUCGGAGGCUAUGUUGUUAAAGAAAAAACAGUAGUAUACCCAGGAAUAGCUGUGUUUUUCCAGAAUGCAUUCAUCUUUUUCGGAGGACUGGUCUUCAAAUUUGGUCGCACGGAAGAUUUGUGGCAAUGAACACGCCUAUGGAAGUGCGUUGGCCAUGUCUUUUUUUUUAACUGCAUAACUCCAAAAAUUUUGUAAAACCAUUUUGUAUACGGUGACCUUCAAUUGUGUCUAAAGAUAAAACGAGUAAAAAUUAAAUCAUAGCACUAAAAAUCCUGUUUUCUUCCUCUGAUUUAAAUGUAAUGUUUUUGACAAACAUAAAAUUGCUACAAGUAACAAUGGAAGUCACUUUUAUAUGUUUGCUAUAAGUAAAUAGAAUAGUGGAAAACUGAUGUAUUUAACCAGCUAUUUCUAUAAUAUCUUACAAUCCAAGACCUACUAAAAUGCUUUAAAACAAUUUUUUAACAUUUAUUAAAUAUUUCCGAUGUCCAGACAACAUAAACAGUUCCUCAAUUUCAAAA